AUGUCGUCAGCGUUCUCGUUCGCACCGGCCGAUACGAGUAUGGUCAUAGAGCCGAUGCGCUCGGACGAGUAUGAGCGCUGCAUCGACUUGGCUUCGGCCGCCUUCAACACCAACAACCCGAUCAUGAAGCGCGCCGGCCUCUCGGUUGAGGACUACCGCGCGUACGCCCUGCUUAGCUGCUCCAAAGUCAAGAGCGUGGACACGGGCCUCUCUCUUGUCGCGCGCAGCGCGGAUGGCGAGCUUCUCGCUUUCCUCUUCCUGAAGACGUUUGACCCAUACCAGAAGACGUCUGACUUCAAGGAGAUGAUGCGCAAAAGUCGGACCACGGCGGGGCUCAUCGAGCUCGUAUCUGGGCUCUACGACAACGCGAUCAUGUCCCUGCGCAUCGGGUCGAUGGCCACGGGCAAGGCGCUGCACUGUCCCAUGGGCGGCACACUGCCCAGCGUCAACGGGAAGGGGGCCGGCAAGGCGUUGCGCAUGCGUGCCUGCGAGGUGGCGCUGGAGCGUGGCUUCAACACGCUGCUUGUCGAGCCGGCGCACGGAGCGACGCGCCACAUCUGGACGAAGUAUUGCGGCGGCAUAGUGCGCGGCGAGGCGUCGAGCGAGACCUUCGCCUCCAAGGCGGGCGACUUCCCACUCAAAGGGAGCGAGUCGAGCGUCUCGGUCGUCGAGGUGGUGCUGCGCAAGGUGCACCGCGACGCGGCCGUGUACAAGCCCUUCUACCUAGCCAAGAUCGUCGUUCUGAGCGCGCGAGCGGCGGCGGCGGACCUCGAAGAGGCGCUGCGCCGGUCAGUGGCGGAGGCGGCUUCAUCGGCGGCGGAGCACGAGCCGCCCGUUGAGUCGCUGGCCGUUGUCUCGCUAGCCAGUGCCAGCCUCGAUGCGGGCCGCCCGAGGGCGCCCGAGUCCACCCUCGGCGGCGGCGAGACCACGUGCAUCAUCUGCUUGACGAGGCCGAAGACUCACAUCGCGGUGCCGUGCAGCCACCAGUGCGGGCCCGUGCGCGGAGCAACUUGA